UUUGUAAUUAGGUUGUCAGUCGAAACUUUUUUUUCUUUUUUAAGUUAACGCACAAAAGUGUGUUUUGUUUGUGCGAAGUGCUUCGUUUCAGCAGUUUGUUUGUAGAAAGUGUGGCUGUUAUCAUUGUUCGCAUAAGCCUACUGUUUUUCUCGGAGGUUUAUAUGUUAGGAUUUUUUUUUUUAGACGGAACCGACAUCUGGAACAUUUUAUUUAGGUUAACUUCACUGUUGUUUUAAAUAUUUUAGUUAAGAAGAAAGCGAUGUUGUCUCUGAGGGUUGUCAUUUUCGCCACCCUGGCUUUUGCACUAGCGGCACAAGAUCUUGAUCUUUCUGAUGCUCUCGAUGAUGCAGUCCCCACAAAACCUCCCAUCAAACCUGCAGUUGAAAAGCCAAAGGAGCCUUCAAAUGAACUGGACCUCGGGGAUGCCCUUGGUGGAGGAGAAACAUACCCGCAGCCUACAAAGCCAGCUGCCAAGCCUCCCCCACGUGACAAAGGCAACUCAGACUUCGACUUGUCUGAUGCUGUUGGUGGAGGAGACUCCCAGCCAAAAGAUCCAGACCGAAAGCCUGUGCCAGGUGGCACCAAUACAGAUUCAGGUGGAGACUUUGGUCUGGAUGACCUGAAAGAUUCUGUUGACGGUGGUUACAAGCCAGAUGACAACCAAGGAGGUGGCUCUUCAGAUACCAAUGCAGGUGGAGAAGUUCAAGACAACCCAUGGAAAGAGCUCCUGGAGCUACUAAGUGCUAAUAUGCCAGAGCACGUUCUAAUCUGGAUAAAGAAUUUACAAGAAGUUGUUGAGCCUCUGAAAAAACAUCUUGUGGAGAUACUCAAUGUUCUCAUUAAUUAACGUGAUGGUCCUUUUAAAUUCAUUGAAUGCAUCCAUCCUCUAGAAUUGUGUUCGGUUUUAAAAAUGUGGGUAAUUUUUAUAUUUGUUUUAAAUUGCGCUUUAAGUAGAAGACAAAACAUUACUUGGGCAUAAGGAUUUGGAUUUAAAGGUGUACGUGUAAUUCAUUUUUACCACAACUUUUUGUGGUAAACUUUUUGUGGGCCUCUUGGGAACUCCUGCCUUUUUAAAUUGUUAAAUUUGUGGGUGUAGCAGGGAAAUCUAGAUCAUCCUAUUCCAGUUUUCUUUUUUUUUUCUUCUCUUCUCUUUAGAAUACAAAGCACAGCUUUAAUCUAGUGUGCACUCAUUUGCGGUUCAGGUUAACCUUUUUGUGUUCUAUGACAAGUGUCGGACAGUUUGUUCAAAGGAAACAGAUCAGGUGUAUUAAAGGUUAGUAUCCUGGGUUUAGCAGGGUUUUUUAGCAGGUCUAAUUUCUAUAUUUACAAGACUCUCGUUGCAAAACUAGUUUUAUAACAGUAGCCUGAGGCAUUCUGUGUAUGUAGAAGUUACUUUGCUGAUGUCACAACCACACGUUUCCUUUUAAUAGUCCGGUGAACUUGACAGAAAAUGCUUUUAUAAAUAUGGCUCAAUCUUCAGAACUAUGUAUGAGCUUGGUAAUGUUGGGAUGUGUCACAUAGACUACAAACAUGUUGCUGGCUUUGUUUUACAAUGUGUAGUUUAGUAGGACCUCUAAUUGUGUUUUGUUUGGUUGGAAAAAAAAAAAAAAAAAAACAUAGCUCAAUUAGGUCACACGUUCAAGUUGUGUGAAUGCAUCCUUAAAAGCCAGCAAAAGUGUACAAUUUUAAUUUAAAAUGCUGAAUAUGUAGACUGCAUGUAUGCUUCGGUUUAUUUUUGCUUAUUUAAUAAACCUGUUUUUAUGCAACUUGCAUAAUCGGAAGGAAAAUGUCUCUGUGCUACUAAAUGCACCCACCCUGCAAGCCACCCAGGCAUUUUCUUCUGGAUGUCUUUGUAGUCGUUCAAUUUGCAAUCAUAUAAUGGUGGAUACUGCUGCACUGCAUAAAUUAACUUUUCGUCGUCCAUGGUUAACUUGUCUUGAGGCAUGACGUGUUUUGAGACGUGUGUCCAGGGUGUUAACCUUGCAUCUGAUUGGUCAGUUUCAUUCCAGUUGCGAGACGAAAAAAAAAAUAGAAACAGGUUCCAUUUUAGCGACGCAGAAUUCUCAAAGCGACGCUGCUCGUGAACUUCUAAAUUAUUCGCUCAUGUCCAUUGUGGAUGCAGCUUAAACCUUAUUUUGGUGGUUUGAAGACAAUGACAGUUGGUGGCUUUUUUUUAAUUUUAUGGCUGGUCAUAGAUAUCUGUCCUUUUACAAUAACAUUUGAAGUGUAUUGGUAAAUGUGACCUUUGUUUCAGGUAAAUGUUUUUAAAGAAACAGAUUUGUAGUUAUUUCUUAUUCUGAUUUUUUUUUUUAUAUAUAUAAAAAGAGAAUCCAUCUUGUAAAAUGUCCAAAUAAAGUGAAUAAAAUUACUUUAAAAAAUAACAGGACAAGGGGCAUUUGUGAUUGAGUUGUACAGUAAAUGUAUCUUAGUAAAAUAAAAAAAAAAAAAUUCCCCUGAAA